CGCCGCUCCUUCCCGCCGGAGCGGAGGCCCCGAGGCCGCCCCGGCCCCGCACAGCAACCCCAGGCCUUGCCGCCGCUCUGGAGCCGCCACAGCAGCAGGGGAAGGAGCGUGCUUUCCCGGCUCUGCCGUCCCAACGCUCCGGGGAGUGUCACGCACGCCUGGGCGCUUCCUCGGACCGGCGGAACUAGACGGGCCGGCACCUGUUUCCGCCCGGACCCACACCGCAGAGCGCCAGCCCCGCCGGAGCGCUUCCCCGGGGUAGCGGAAGCCGCCACGGCGCGGAGGCCGCGGCAGCUCGGUGGGGUAACGUCCGGCGGGACUGCACCUCUCCCGGGCGUGCCGCUUUUCCUCCCCCUUCCCUCCGGGCCGGGGCUCUCGGCGCCCGGAGCCGCGCCCUCCCCUGGACCAACAGGACCGUGGCGGGGGAGCCGAGCCCGGCGGCACCGCCUGCCCUUCCCGGUUAGUUUCGGCCUCCCGACAGGAGCUCACCUGCGGCUUGGGGUGAGGUGGAGUUUCCGCUCCCCAGGGCUUCAGGAUUCGGCUCUUCCACCUGUGAGGAACAGGUCGUUUAUCAGCUGCGUGCAGCCGUUGAGCCCGUGAAACGGAGGCGAUCUAUAGGCGGGAAGCCAUUACCUGCUUCUGCUACUCAGUUCUUUUACCUAGAAAUCGUCGUUGUAACAGCUAUUACAACUUUAGAAAUUCAGUUCGUAGAGCUGCGUGAAACAAAACAUCCUGUAGCAGACUUUCUCCUGAAUUUUCUGAUUUAGGGUUUUGAUAAAGCAAAGAUGUUUCCUCUCAUACGACAAUGCUGCUUCCACACACCUUUCAAACUCCAGAGGUUAAAUGGUCCCAGACUACUACUGUAUGGAAGGAAUACAACAACUUGCUCUUCUCUCGGCCUCUGCCUGCAGAGAGAUGUGUGUCUUCUUUCAAGAUCUCCAGGCCUCAACCCAGCAUCAGUAUGUGCAACCAAGGCCCAGGCUUUUCACACAUCUCUCUCUUUCUUCAAGAAGAAAACACCCAAAGAAUCUGAGACCAAAGACUCGGGCGUAUUGCAAAGAAGCAUGAAAGCACUAAAGGAUUCUCCAAAGCCAGCCCUUUAUUUAAGCCUUGCAGGGCUAAUUCCAUUCGUUUCUGUGCCACUGUCAAUGGCCGUCCAGGGGACCUACUACCCAGAGCUGGCAUUUGGUCAGAUGAUGUACGGUGCUGUAACUGUCUCUUUCCUAGGAGGAAUGAGGUGGGGGUUUGCCCUCCCAGAAAACAGCCCAGCCAAGCCAGACUGGCUGAACCUGGCUAACAGUACGGUUCCUCUUCUACUUGCCUGGCAAGCCUUACUUUUUAAAGAUGUCACUCACAGUGCAGUGAUGCUAGUAAUGGCCUUAGGGAUAGCUCUACAUUAUGACAUUGCCCUCCUUCCUCCUUAUGCCAGGUGGUUUAAAGUACUGAGGGUAGCAGGAACAGUGGUGAUGGUAUUAUCACUAUUAGCUACUGCAGCAUUGAAGGUUAUUUCAGAUGAGCAGCUCUUCUCAAAAACAGGGGAGGGCUCUUAUAAAUGGCAGAACACAAAAUAAUAAAUCAAUAGCAAAAAGCUAUUUAUCUGCCAAUUAGGUAUUUGCAUUGAGUUCCAGGGGAAAGAGAGGCUUCUUUGUGCUUGUGAGUCAUAAGUGAUCGAGAUGCUUAUUCUCAAAGUAAACAACUUAGCAAGUUUAAUAGGAUUCUAAAUACCAGUGACUUCCAAGGCAGGCAUGAGGCUGUCCUUAUCCACAGAAGAAAGCAUCACUCUUGAAUGAGAUGUUCCUGUCAUAUGAAUUUAAAAUGAAUAUUCAAAUGGCAUUGGUAUGAAUUGCUGUAUGCUGAAUUAUUAAAGUAUCUGGUUUAACUAUAA